AAGACGGAUAGAGGUAAAAAGAAGUGAUCCAGAGGGAGAAUCUUGAGCUUGGAGAAGAAGAGAACACAAAUGGGUUCCUUGAGUGGUUUCUCUCUGCAACCCAAAACAGUGUUACCCAACACCAAAAUUGUUACCCAUAAUCUCUGCUACAAUCCACUCAAACCCCAAUUCCUCAAUCCUCACCAUAUUCAAAAGCCACCUUUUCCCCUAUUCAAAAUCAUCUCUUCUCACUCAAACACUCCCAGCCACUCCUGUAAACUCUCAAAUGUGUACUCUGCUCUCCAACCCCAGAAAAAGUUAUCAACUUUUUUGGUGGAAAAAGUAGUGGGUUUGGUUAUAGGGACAGUUUUCUUUGUUGGGUGUUUCAAUAUCAGAGCAGCUGUGGCACUACCAGCUCAAACAAGCAGUUCCAGUGAAAGUUUGGAGGAGAAGAGAGAGACCCAGAAGGGGAAAAGUGAGGAAGAAGAAAUGAAUGAGAGGAUUUUGGAGGAGGACCCAAGAAAUGUUGAGGCUUUGAAGGUGGUUGUGUACGGGAAAAUGAGGAGAGGGAAGACAAAGGAGGCUGUCAAGUAUGUGGAGAAGUUGAUUGAUGUCGAACCGGAUGAAGUCGAAUGGAGGCUGUUGCUGGCUCUUUGUUAUGAGAUCAUGGGGGAAUUGGGUACUGCUAAGAAGUUGUUUAAGGAAAUAUUGGAGAAGAGGCCUCUUUUGCUCAGAGCUUUGCAUGGUCUAGCACUGGUUAUGCACAAAAAGCGUGAAGGUCCAGCUGUUUUUGUGAUGCUUGACAAGGCUUUAGAAAUUGCACGUCGGGAAAAAAGAGUGAUUGAGGAGAGAAAUAUAAGAAUUCUGAUCGCACAGAUGCACGUUGUAAAGGGACAAUUGGAAGAAGGCUUGAAUAAAUUUCAGGAUCUUGUCAAUGAUGAUCCCCGAGAUUUUCGACCUUAUCUUUGCCAGGGAAUUAUCUACAGUCUACUGAAGAAAAAGAAGGAAGCUGCAGAACAGUUUGAAUUAUAUAGGGCUCUUGUGCCCGAAGAAGUUUCUCAGAAGGGAUUUCUUGACGAUGUUGUGUUGGCAGCCAAAACGAAACCUGGGGAACAGCUUCAGAGGGAGUUUGAUGCUGAGUUUUCAAGCCAGAAAGGAAACGCCACUGAAGACGUGUAGUAAAUAUGCAAUUUCAAGGGCAAAGGCAAGCAGUUGGCAUCUAUCAUGGGGAUAAUAUACAAACUAUGAGUUUCUAAAACAGGGCUGGAUUCAGGUGCAUUUUAUUGAUUUCAAGAUAGGAGCUCUUGCGUACGUUAUAAUUCUAUAUUCAGCUUGGAGUUUGUUCCAAGACCUGAAUUGUUGUCAUCUCAGAGGCUCAACUGACCUUGUCUUUUACCGGAAUAACUUCCUCUUGUGAAAUAGAAGUGGGUUUAGCAGCUUCCUUCUCUCUUUAUAUGCCAUCUUAUGAAACUUAUUUGUGUUAUCCACUUGAAACUGGGUCUUAAGAAUCAUCUCACUGUGCAGAACUAAGUGGUAAGAUCCAGGUCAGAUUUUCUCCUGUUAAAUUAAACACCUGGUCUGGAUUUCCUGUUUUGUGAAAACGUAUCAUUAGCAUGCAAGUCCUACGAUAGUUCUGUAAUCUAUUCAAUAAUGAUACCAUUUUGGCUACGAGGCCUUGUUUAGUGAAA